AUGCGGCGGAUGAGCGGGAGGCGCCUCCCGGCCGCCCCGCCCGCCCGCCCGCCCGGCGCUGCGCGGCGCGUUGGCAGUUGGCGACCCCCCUGCGUCCCCCCGCGCGCCUGCCCUUAUUUGUGCAGCCGCGCCCGGCCGGGACCCCCCUGCGCGCGCGGCCCUGUCCGAGCCGAGUCCGCACCCGCCGCCGGAGCCGCCGACAUGGGGCCGAAGAAGGGCCGCGGGGCGCCGGGCGCGAGCGCCGAGCCGGCCCCGACGUGCUGCGGCUGCCGCUUCCCGCUGCUGCCCGCGCUGCUGCAGCUGGGCCUGGGCCUGGGCGUCGCCGUGGGGGGCUUCCUGCAGGCCAGCGUCAGCCCCUCGCUGCUGCUCAGGGACACCCCGUACUGGGCGGGCAUCACCGUGUGCCUGGUCGCCUACCUGGGGCUGUUCAUGCUGUGUGUCUCCUACCAAGUGGACGAGCAGAACUGUCUCCAGUUCACCAUGAAACUGCUGUACUUCCUGCUGAGCGCGCUGGGCCUGGUGGUGUGCGUGGUGGCCGCCGCCUUCGCCGCCCACCGCUCGGUGCAGCUGGCGCAGCUGUCCUGUGAAGCCCUGCCCGGCGCCUGCCGCUGCACGCUGCCCUCCGCCGAGCGCCUGAGCCGGGCCUUCAUCUACCGUGACGUGAGCGACUGCAGCAGCGUCACGGACACGCUCAGGCUCUCCUUCCUGGGCCAGCUGGCCCUGAACUCGCUGGGCGGCCUGGUGUGCCUGCUGGCCUGCUUCCUGAUGUGGAAGCACCGCUACCAGGUCUUCUACGUGGGCGCCCGCCCGCAGCCUGGGGCAGCCCCCGGGGGCCGCCAGCAGAAAGUGUGAUGGGCUCUGCUGGGGAGGGGCAGAAAGCAGGGGCGAGA